AUGCCUGAGCUCGGUACAUUGUUAGAGUUCGAUGGGUGGAGUAACACUGAAAGACAUCCGUUCGUGAUAUAUGCCGAUUUCGAGGCACUUCUUGUUAAGUGCACAGAAAGAAAAGGUGCAAAUACAAUAGCUAUUCAAAAACAUGAACCGAUGAGCUAUGGAGUUUUCGUAAAGACUACAGAAUACGCCCCUAUUGAUUUGCUUGAGAAAUAUGAGAUACCAACAUCACCUAUUGUUUAUCACGGAAGCGAGUCACAUCAGGAUGUAGCCAAGCGUUUCGUCAAUGAAGUGACAGAGAUCGCGAGAAGAGUUCAAGAUUUACUUAAAACAAAUAAACCCAUCAUAAUGACAGAAGAAGAGCAAAUAGCACAUGUAUCAAAAAGUACAUGCAAUCUAUGUUCAAGUAAUUUUUCUAUCAAAAACCAAAAGGUAGCAGAUCACUGUCAUCUAUCAGGAAAAUUUAGGCAAACUUUAUGCAAUACUUGCAACCUGAAGCUCCAAAAACCUAACCUUGUACCGUGUUUUCUACACAAUUUGUCUAAUUACGAUGCACAUUUCAUCGUAACAGAACUCGGAAAUGACACUAAAUCAAUCUCAGUGAUUCCGAACAGCGAAGAAAAAUACAUUUCAUUUUCAAAACACGUUACUAACAACUUUUCAAUUCGAUUCAUUGACUCUUGUCGAUUCAUGGCAUCAAAAUUAUCAACACUCGCAGAAAAUUUAUUAACACCAGGGUUCGAGAAGUUCAGAGAAACUGCAAAAGCAUUCGUACCCAAAGAUAUGGAUCUCGUCACACGUAAGAGUGUAUACCCUUACGAUUUUACCGAUAGUUGGGACAAGUUAGAAGAAACAAUUUUGCCUGAGAAAGAAGAUUUUUAUAGCACAUUAACAGAAGAACAUAUAGACGAUGAGGAAUACGAACAUGCAGUCACAAUAUGGAACCAUUUCAAAUGCAAAACCUUAGGAGAAUAUAGCGAUUUGUAUCUAAAAAUUGACGUGCUGCUGUUGGCCGACAUGUUCGAAAAUUUCAGAGAUAUGUGCAUUUCUACGUACAAUUUAGACCCUGUUUACUACUUUACAGCUCCAGGUUUUAGUUUUGACUGUAUGUUGAAAUAUACCAAAGUCAAACUAGAAUUACUCUCUGAUUUUGACACCCACUUAUUUUUCGAAAAUUCAAUCCGCGGCGGCCUCACACAAGCAAGUAUGAGGUACGCUAAAGCUAAUAAUGAAAAAAUCCAAGAUUAUGACCCAACAAAAUCCAAAUCGUGGAUAGUUUACCAAGAUUGUAACAAUUUGUACGGAUGGGCAAUGCCACAGCACAUGCCAUACGGUGACUUUAAAUGGGUAGAGCCUAAGUUAGACGGAUUAGAUUCUUUGUCGCCAAAGUCAGAUAUAGGCAGAGUGUAUGAGGUAGACAUGUCAUACCCUAAUGAACUCCAUGACCUACAUAACGAUCUUCCAUUUUUACCUGAGAACAAAAUUCCUCCUGGUUCAAAAGUGAAAAAACUUAUGGCGACACUUCAUUCAAAAAAAAAUUACGUAAUCCAUUAUCGAAACCUACAGCAAGCCAUAGCAAAUGGAUUAAUUGUAGAAAAAGUACACAGAGUUUUAGAGUUCAAACAAUCGGAUUGGCUUGCAAAAUACAUUAAAUUAAACACCGAAAUGAGGAAGAACGCGAAGAAUGCAUUCGAAAAGGAUUUCUUCAAACUCUUAAACAAUGCCGUUUUUGGGAAAACCAUGGAAUCUUUACGGAAACGUUUUAAGAUGGAACUAGUUUCAUGUCCACAAAGAUUACAAAAACUCAUCAACAAGCAAACAUUUAAAAAUUGUACGACACACAAUGAAAAUCUUGCUGCUGUCUCAUUGGAAAACAAAAUUAUCAUGUUUAACAAGCCAAUAUAUAUAGGAAAAUCCGAAAAUAUGAUAUUGAUGUGUGUAUUGUUUGGAUAUAAUAUGUAA